AUGACCCGCAGGAGCCUGUGGGACCUGUCGGAGGCCAACGUCGAGGACGGAGAUAUCCGCAUCAACGUGGGAGGCUUCAAGAGGCGGCUGCGCUCUCACACGCUGCUGCGCUUCCCCGAGACUCGCCUGGGCCGCCUGCUGCUCUGCCACUCGCGCGAGGCCAUUCUGGAGCUCUGCGACGACUACGACGACGUCCAGCGGGAGUUCUACUUUGACCGCAACCCCGAGCUCUUCCCCUACGUGCUGCAUUUCUACCACACAGGCAAGCUUCACGUCAUGGCGGAGCUGUGCGUCUUCUCCUUCAGCCAGGAGAUUGAGUACUGGGGCAUCAACGAGUUCUUCAUCGACUCGUGCUGCAGCUACAGCUACCAUGGCCGCAAAGUGGAGCCUGAGCAGGAGAAGUGGGACGAGCAGAGCGACCAGGAGAGCACCACGUCCUCCUUUGACGAAAUUCUGGCCUUCUACAACGACGCCUCCAAGUUCGAUGGGCAGCCCCUGGGCAACUUCCGCAGGCAGCUGUGGCUGGCCCUGGACAACCCUGGUUACUCAGUUCUGAGCCGGGUCUUCAGCGUCCUGUCCAUCCUGGUGGUGCUGGGGUCCAUCAUCACCAUGUGCCUCAACAGUCUGCCGGACUUCCAAAUCCCGGACAGCCAGGGCAGCCCCGGGGAGGACCCCAGGUUCGAAAUCGUGGAGCACUUCGGCAUCGCCUGGUUCACUUUUGAGCUGGUGGCCAGGUUUGCUGUGGCCCCUGACUUCCUCAAGUUUUUCAAGAAUGCCCUAAACCUCAUUGACCUCAUGUCCAUCGUCCCCUUUUAUAUCACUCUGGUGGUGAACCUGGUGGUGGAGAGCACACCAACCUUGGCCAACUUGGGCAGAGUGGCCCAGGUCCUGAGGCUGAUGCGAAUUUUUCGCAUCUUGAAGCUGGCCAGACACUCCACUGGCCUCCGCUCCCUGGGGGCCACCCUCAAAUACAGCUAUAAAGAAGUAGGGCUGCUUCUGCUCUACCUGUCCGUGGGGAUUUCCAUCUUCUCGGUCGUGGCCUACACCAUCGAAAAGGAGGAGAACGAGGGGCUGGCCACCAUCCCUGCCUGCUGGUGGUGGGCCACCGUCAGCAUGACCACUGUGGGGUAUGGGGAUGUGGUCCCAGGAACCACAGCAGGGAAGCUGACUGCCUCUGCCUGCAUCCUGGCAGGUAUCCUGGUGGUGGUACUGCCCAUCACCUUGAUCUUCAAUAAGUUCUCCCACUUCUAUCGGCGCCAAAAGCAACUUGAGAGUGCUAUGCGAAGUUGUGACUUUGGAGACGGAAUGAAGGAGGUCCCUUCAGUCAACUUAAGGGACUACUAUGCACAUAAAGUUAAAUCCCUCAUGGCAAGCCUGACAAACAUGAGCAGGAGCUCACCAAGCGAAUUAAGUUUAAACGAUUCCCUACAGUAG